AUAUUUUUUUUCUGUCUCUGGACACCCUGCAAAAUUUCCUCCACGGGAAGAAGGAAUUCCCAAUAAAAGAAAAAAUCUUGGACCCAGAACUCAUUACUAACGUGCGAGGAAGAGAACUUUGAUUUAUCAUGGCGCUUCUUGUUCCUGGUGGGUGUGCAAGAUUGAGCCCGUCGAGCUCUUUGCGAGUAAGGAAUCCGAGGUUCGCCGCGUUCGCUGCUCUGUCGACGCCGCAGAAGGAUGCGGCGGACUGGGUCGAGGCCACUUCGAGCUUCUUCGAGCGAGACUCGAGACCCAUCAUGUUGUUCGAUGGCGUGUGCAACUUGUGCAAUGGAGGUGUGAGGUUUGUUCGAGCAAAUGACAGAAAUAGUGGAAUCAGGUUCGAAGCACUCCAGAGUGAAGCAGGGAAGAAGCUCCUGAGGAGAUCUGGAAGAGAUCCGGAUGAUAUAUCGAGUGUCGUACUCGUCGAAAAGGAAAGGUCAUAUAUCAAAUCGGAUGCUGUGCUGAAGAUAAUGGAGUAUAUUGACUUACCCUUCCCUCAACUGGCAAUCUUCUUGCAGUUUGUUCCCAUAUUUUUACGAGACUUUGUAUACGACAACGUGGCGAACAAUCGCUAUGCAUUUUUCGGCCGCUCAGAGUCGUGUGAGAUAUAAGCCUCUUGAGUGGAUGUGCAAGUAAGGGGGCGAGCCCGGGUUCAGCCUUGACCUCAUCAAAUACUUAAAGCGAUCGAGUGAAGUACGGGGAUUGAUAUGCAGAAGCUUCAAGCUACGGAUUGAAGAAUUUGUUCUGGUGUCCGUUGUAUUUAGCUGCAGAUAGUGAUCGGAUGUCGUGGCUUAUAUGCAGAUCCUAUAAAGUAAAAGUCGAUGUUGAGAGAAAUACUUCAGCUUCUGUAUCUGCAGCUCGCGGAUGUAAUAACACUCGUAAGGAUAUUGUCAAUUGCAAUAUAAAUGCCGGUGAGGAAUCAAGGAUAUUUGAUAGAUCACGUUGUACACAUAGAUGAAUUUGAAGCCUGAUACUAUGGCAUUAGGAAAAAUCAAUAAUUAUUAAAAUUUCGAUCUC